GAGACCAAAACCCUUGAGAGAGACACAAAUGGCAACAUUGACAUGCUACUGCUCAUGUCCUUCAACCCCAAUACCAAAAUCUUCCCUUUCCUUGCUGCUCCUUAAAAUCCCAAAUCCCCAACUUUUUACUAAAUAUUCUUCUUCACCGUCAAUCUCCACAAACCCAAAGUGGACGAACCGAGCUUCCAUUAUUCUUCAAUGUUCAAACUUCAACACAACCUCAUCAUUUACACUCGCAGAAUCAGAACUAGAAUCUGAAACUGAAACUGAAGAAGAAGAAGACGAAGAAGGAGAUGAUGGGGUUACAUCAUUAGCCAAGAAGCCACCAGUGAAGAGGAAGAGGAGAAGGUACAGAAAGCAAUACCCAGGUGAGAAAAAGGGUAUUACUGAAGAGAUGAGGUUUGUUGCUAUGAAACUUCGUAAUUCCAAAGGAAAAAACAGUUCAUCAGAGAGUGAUAAUGGGUAUGAAUCAGCUUCUUCAGAAGAGGAUAAUAAUAAUAAUAUAGGUGGCGAUGGGGGUAGUGAGGAGACUUGGCAGCCAAGUAUAGAAGGUUUUCUCAAGUAUCUUGUUGAUAGCAAGCUUGUUUUUACUACUAUUGAGCGCAUUGUUGAUGACUCCAGUGAUGUUUCUUAUGCCUACUUCAGAAGGACUGGAUUGGAGCGAGCGGAAUGUAUAUCGAAAGACCUAGAUUGGUUUAGCCAACAGGGCUAUGAGAUUCCAGAACCGAGCAAUCCUGGAGUCAGUUACGCCAGUUAUCUGGAGGAACUGGCAGAAAAGACUCCUCCUUUAUUUCUCAGCCACUUCUAUAACAUAUAUUUCUCGCACAUAGCAGGAGGUCAACUCAUAGGCAAAAAGGUAACAACUUCCUUGUGUUAGUCAUUGUCCCCUGAGUGUUUUUGUGGAGUUUUCAUUUAUCUGGAAAUGAUGAAACGAAGUAUUAAAUUAAGCUUCAUCUUCAAAUGUCUUUCUUUAAAUAUUCUCUUUGUGAAAAAUCUCCAGUUUAAGGGUUUAAUUACAUAUUGAACUCAUGUUUGAGUUGAAAAUUUUUGGUCUGUCUUGAGCUUUAGUUUAUUGUCAAAUCAUGUUGCCUCAUGUUGAGAUUCUUUAUAUAACAUACGUUCCCAUUGAUACACAGAAAAUGAAGACCUUGCUUAGAAAAUAACGCUUGAAGCGAACAAUUUAUGAGCUAAGAAAAUUUGGGAAGUAGCACAACUGAAUGCAUCCUUUUUCCAUCUUUAGAGUUUAACUCAUUGAAUUUCAGUUUGAGCCUAUAACUUUUCGUCAUAAUAACCAUUUAUUUUGAAAACAACAUGGUGUCUUUGACAUGUUUAAAGGUUACUCAGGGAUAUAUACUCCUUAUUGUCAUUUGAUGGACCUUGGACUAUUUCCUUUUUCUCUUUGGGGCGGGGGGUGAAGUGACUUGUAAUGUUAGUCAGUCCAGGCUUUAGUAAUUAUUAUGUGGCUCUAAUUUCUUAUCUUGUCUAGCAAAUGCUGAAGCUGAGAAUAGUACUAAUUUAUGACUUAGGUAGGACUAUAAAUAUAAAGAUGCAAAUUGAAAAUCAGAACAGCCUUAUUCUCAUCUCCUUCGAUUAGUUCUAAUCUAGAAAUGACUCAAAGUAAGAUGGAAUCUGAUCCAGAUUGCCUCUUAAGCUAGGUUUAGAAAAUCAAUCAAAUACUCCUACUAAAGUUGAAUGAACCAAUUUGCAACUGUACAUUACUAUGGUGCAGAGUUUGGAAUGGCUGGUCAUUUUUUGAGCAAAUGCUAAAUAACAGCUAUGUUCUUUUUUAUAAGGAACUGAAGAACAUCUAUUUCUUUUUGUAUACAACAACAACAACAGACCCAGUAUAAUCCCACAAGUGGGGUCUGGGGAGGGUAAUAUGUACGCAGACCUUA